GUAUGGGAUGUGUGUCUGUAAUGGCAAUAAUAGUGCUGUAAUGCGACAGAGAGUACAGUAUGUGGUGUACAGUAAAGGCGGUCCACUUGUAGUGCACAGUCUGUACACCACUUCAAUACCCAUGUAUUUAACGUGUGAUUCAAUUAACGCUAUUUAUAUCCGCAGGAAAACACACUUCACUUUGCAGUCAAUACAAUCCAAUACACCAUUAAUUGUAACCAUAAUUACAUUCACUUCGAUCAACAAUUUGUUUACAAUUUUUAGUUAUUAUUAUUAUUACUGUUAUUACAAUUAGUGUCCAAUUGUUUGGUACAUAAAUGGCAGCAAACUUUGAUCCGUACGACAAAAACAGUUGGUAUUUCGGGCCAAUCAAUAGGAGUGAAGCGACGACUAUAUUGAUGUCUGAGAACGAGACGGGAGUCUUCUUAGUGAGGAAUAGCACCACAAUUGUCGGCGAUCUGGUCCUGUGUGUG